UCUAUGGUCUGGCAGAGCAGCAGAAGCAGUUCAGCCAGAGACUGAAGGUCAAUAAAGCAGCUAUUCAUCCUGAGAGCUGAGACACAAACAAGAGCACAAUGGCCGGUGAACAACGCUUUGUAAUCAGUGCCCGCAUUAUAGGAGCCGUCCACAGGGACACACCAAAACUCAGGAUGUUCAUGAUGUCUGCGUUAUGGUCUGAUGAGACUAAAGUUAUUGUCUACAGGUCCUUCCAGGAUUUCAAGAAUUUACAUAGGCAGCUGAAAAAGAGGUUCCCUGUCAUGAACCCUUUCAGGAGAAACGACAGAGUGAUCCCCAAAUUUAGAGGGCAGGCCAGGACAAGCAGGCUCCAGCAGAAAGGAUCCAAGCGAUCCGUCCAACGAAUGAAGUUCCUGGAGAGCUACUGCAACAAACUGCUGAAGUGCGAGCCGACUGUGACUCAGAGCUCAGAGGUGGCACAGUUCUUCCUGCCCAAAGACCAUGACCUGCAGCCAGACUUCACCAAGAACAGCAUCAUGAUGCUGCUGUGUGAUGAUCUGCCCGAUGGUGAAGGAGGCAGUGAUGUGACUCGCCAGCAGGCAGGAAACAUCACUCACCCGUUUGUCACCCAGACCUACCGCUGCGUGGCUGCGUACGAGACGAAGGAUACCAAGAACCGUCCAUUUAAAGUCGCUGUGGAUGAGAAGCUGGAUGUGCUGAUCAAAGACCCAGCAGGUUGGUGGCUGGUGGAGAACGAGGAUAAGAUUUUGGCUUGGUUCCCUGCUCCCUACCUGGAGUUAUGGGAUGGAGAGGACGAUGAUAACGCUGGAUUCCAGCUUGCAGGUGCCCUGUACUGUGCUGUGAGGAGUUACUCGGCUAAGAAGGAUGACGAGGUGUCUGUGCCCAUUGGCUCUGUGGUGGAGGUGCUGAGGAAGUCUGACAACGGCUGGUGGCUCAUCAGAUUCAAUGGCAAGGCAGGUUACAUCCCCUCCAUGAACCUGCAGCCAUACAACAACCCACGGGCAGGCCUCUACAGCCUGCAGAGAAAGCUGCACAGCUCCACUCUGAACCUGGCAACCAGCGGGGAGCCUCAGGCUUCUCGUGCACCCAGCGUCAGCGAGGAAAUCAGCCCACGGCGGGGUUCUGCAGGUCAGUCCAGAGGAGAGCCCAGUGUGCUCUGGCAUCUCCACAAGGCCCAAUCCCUGGACGUCCUCUCUGAGACCCGCUCACAAACACAGAUGGAGAGGGACGUCUCGACCUCAGACCGCCGUGCACGCAGCAAGAGCAACAAAAGCAGCACAAGCACCGAGACCAGCUUCUCCAGCUUCUCUUCCAGCAGCGACUCAUCCUCAAGUUUAAAAGAGGAAGAGCAUGAGAGCUGCACAGGCAGUCCUGCAGCCUCACCCCAGCCCGGUGUCAGCGACAGUGAGGGCAGCUUCCCUGAUCUCAGCCUCUCGGACCGCCGCGGCUCCGAAACUAGCUCUGAGAGCUGUGGAUCUGUCAGCCCCAAAGGCAGUGAGAAGGCCUCAAACGCUCCCAGGGUGCCACCCAGACCCAAAACAGAGGAGAUCCUGACCCGCUGCACCACCAUGACCCGCAAGGCAGCACUGGCCACCAAGACCCGGCUACAGAUUCACCCAGAGUCCAUCCACACCCGCUAG